CCACCAUUAGUUUAUCUCAUCGGUCAUUUUAAAUUUUUUAGUUGAAUAUUUUAAAAUCUAAUUUGAUUUAUUUAAAAAAAAGUUAUUAAAACAAUUAAAAUUAUGACGUCGUUAGAAAAUAGUAAUAUGUCGUCUAGUUUCCAAAAAAGUGAAUUAAUGGAUCAAUUAAAACAGCAAAUUUAUGUGGCUAACGCACAAGCACUUUUGACGAAAAUGACUGAAAAAUGUUUUAAAAAAUGUGUUAAUAAACCAGGUUCAUCAUUGGAUUCAUCUGAGCAGAAAUGUAUUGCUAUGUGUAUGGAUCGAUUUUUGGAUUCAUGGAAUUUGAUAUCACGCACUUAUGCAGCAAGAUUGAAAAAGACCGCAGGCGGUAUGUAAUUUAGGACUGUAACAUAAAAAAGUAGGAAUGUUACAUACUCAAUGAAAAAAUAUUGUUUUUGUUAUUUUAUAUAAGUAGGCAUAAAUACAUACAUUUAUGUCUUAGCGAAUUGAACUACAAUUUCUGAUUUUGACUGUUUUAUAAUUUUUAUUCUGAGUAUAACAAAUAAAUGAGUAGACCUAUAA